AGCCAAUGGGUGGAUUCUAUUCUUGACGUAGUGGUUACAUUCUCACUUAUUGUUCUUGAUUGUGAACAUGAAAUGAAAGUCCGACAUCGCCACAUGUCCGCCAUAUCUACUACAUCUUCUUUCUAGUGACGUUCAUUAUUUUGUGUUAUUUAGCAUUGUUGUGUAGAUAUUUGUUGUAUAAUUUAAUUAUUGUUUAGUUUUUAAAAUAAACGGCCCUGCUCGGCGGAAAACACCAUGGAGUCCCCGAGAAAACUAAAUGAUUGCUACUUUUAUUACUAUUCUACUUGCAUCAAGGGGGACAAUUGUGUAUUCCGUCAUGAGCCCUCUGCUCUGGGCUGUGAGACAAUGUGCACAGCGUGGCAACAGGGCAAGUGCUUAGACAAACGAUGCAAAUUACGCCACAUGGAACUUAGGAAAAACCGCAAGCAGAUCCCUUGCUACUGGGAGAACCAGCCUGGUGGCUGCCGCAAGAAGCACUGCCCGUUCAUGCACAAGAACCCUGAUGCUCGCACGGAUGGCAUCGCUCCCAGCCAGCCUGCUGCUCCAGUCCCACAAACUUCCGCGCCGGUAGCGGCACCCGAGCCGGUAGCGGAGCCCCCGGCGGCGCCCGCUGUUGCGCCUGCGCCCGCCCCUGUUCCGUUAUUGUGGCCGCACCAACAGAGACAGGUGGUGCUGGACUCGGCGCUGCUGGGCGUGCUGCCGGGCGCGGGCGAGCUGCUGCCGCGCCGCCUGCUGCCGCCCGAGCCGCUGCCCGGCCCGUACGCCGCGCACCCGCUGCCCGUCGACCCGCUCGUCGUCAACUUCGAGGAAGAGUCUGACAAUGAGAGCGCUCUGUCGUCCACGCCGACCAAGGCCGUGUCGCCCGAGGACGCGCAGGGCUGCUCCAAGUCGCAGGAGUUGCUGCUGCUCGAGAAGAUCCAGGCGGAGGCGGCCGCCUACUACGGGUACGACGCGCUGCCGCCGCCGGACAAGGAGCGCAAGAUCGUCAGGACCAACCUCAACGCCAAGUAUGAUAGGCUGUCGCUAGACGAGCUCGCCGGCAGGCAGGCCACCGAGCGGCGCGGCUCUUUAGACUUCAAAGUCCUUUCCCUGGACGAAAUCAGGGCCAGGAAGAAGUCCGAAACGAUAAUUCACACAACCCCGAUCACGUUGAAUUUGAGCAGAAAACGUAAACUCUCUACUCAGGAAACUAUAACUACGUCGGGCAAUAAAAUAUUAAAGGUUGUAAGAAGUAAUUCAAUAGUUUAUAAGAAAUUAGAUCACAAUACACCCGCUGCAAAUACUCAACCUAAAACUGAUCAAAAGCAGAGAGAGGAAACUGUUAGUAGAAAGAGAACCCUAUCUGAAUUGAGUAUAGACAUUUAUGAUAUACAAGACGACGAGCUCGAUGACAGCUGCCACGAAUUCAAGAGAAUCAAAGUAGCAGAACUAACACAGAAACCUCAACUUAUUAGAAAUAGGUCUAAGUCGGCUAAAGGGAGUAGCGACAAUGAAAGCAAAUCUUACGAGGCAGAUUCUAGCACUAAAACUGAUGAUUCAGAUUCUGAAGUACAACUAGUUAGUAUAGAAAUCAAUGAGAAGCAUGUAGAUUUAAGUAGUGAAAUUAUAGAUGUAGAAGCCACAAAACUUGGAGAGCCUAUAGACAUAGUGGACUUGAGUGAUGAUCUUGACGAAAGUGAUGUAGGAGUGUCGGAUUUAGAUUGUGAUUAUGUGAAAAACGUGCCUGAUGUAGUGGCUAGUUGUCACAGAAAUGCUAAAGACAGUACGGACAAAGAUAUUAUUUGUGAUAUAGAUGCACUUUUAGAUGAAGACUUAUGAUUUUUUUUAGAGUAUGUAGUAGAUUAGUGUAGGUUUACAUAGUUGUAAUGGAAAUGUACAAAUUACUAACAGUUAGGAAAAUCUUGAUGAUUUUCUAUGAAGGUAAGAUCUUGUAUAUUAGAAAAAUAGGAAGCAAUGUUUAGUUUUUUAUAUCUUCUGAUAUUAUUUUUAUUUUUGACAUUAAAGAUGUUUGAAAUUAUAUUUUCGCUUUUCAUGUUUCAAGUUUUAAAUGAAAAUAGGACUUAAUAUUUUUUUUAUUAUUGACUCAUUUUUAUCACACCGACGAAAGAUGUGAUUGAUAAUACAAUUUUCCUCCAAAAAUUGUCGUAAGAAAGGUAUGAAACAUUCAUACCUUAUCAACAAAAAAAAAAUUGUUUGGAUAUUUUCUUUUCAAUUAAGCUGAUUCAUGUAACAUUUCCUGUCUUUUCUUAAACUUAAAUUCAACAUUAUAAUAUAACAAAACAAUUAUUUUAUUAUUAUAUAACAAAAUGUAAAACCCAACUCCAUUGUUUGAUACAAAUGUUAAUACUUGUUAUUAUAACUUUGUUGUAGGUGUACAAAAGCAAUUAUUUUUACUUUUAGAUUUAUGAGAGUUACGUACAAGAAGUACAUACGAGAACUGUACUGUUUAAAGAUUUUAUUGUUUUAUCUGUAAUUAGUGGUGGAAUAGCAAUUAUUCCAUGAUACAAAAAAGAUAAAUUUUGUCAAAAAUAUAAUUUUACUUGCAUUAAAUAACAAUUGUGAAAAUAAAUGUUCCUUUAUUGUAAAAAGUGUAAAUUAAAUUAAGCAAUACGGUUUUGAGAUUAAAAAGGAUGGGAUUUCAAAUAAAAACCAAAGCUUGAUUCAAAAAAUUAUUUAUAUAAUGCUGUAUUUAAAACGGUUUAUCGACAUCACACAGUUAUUCACAAUUCAUUAAACCUAACUUUACAAUUUAUAACUAAGAAUAAUAAAUUCGAAAGUAAUAUCUCUUUUGAGAUCGCUAUAUGCUUGGUAGCUACAGUGAUUUUUUUAAGUCAACAACUGAUAAAAUGAUUCUGGUAAGUAUCAUUGCUGUCGACCUAAACAGGAAAAAACAGUGUUCCUACAGCCUCUGAUAAUUUAAACGCCAUACAUUGUGGUAUGGUUUUUGCAACUUGUCGCAAACCAACUGAAUAUCUUCGCAAUUCGGCAACACGUGACCUGCAACUAGGUUAAACUUAUAUUCACGUAUGAAUUUGUAAUUUAGCGACAAGUUGAAGCAGCUGUUAUGCAGAGAAAGAGAGAGUAUGUAAGGCGCUUUACAAUUACAUUGAAAACAUUUACAAUGAACGAUAUCUUUUAACAUCAAAGAAAUUAUUUACACUCUUACAACUAACAA